AUGUCGGCAAGAAAUUAUAUGUCGGCUCGAGAGAAGAAUGUAAAUAGAGGGGAUUGUUUACCAUAUAUUAGUCAACAAAAACCUCGUCGACCGGAGCUUUCUGUACUCUCUGCAAAUGCUUAUAAUUUGAAUAGAAAUUUAGUAUACUCGUAUAACAAUUUUGCUGGUGACAGCUUGGAACGAUCAGGAACACCAUAUUCCGAUUUCCUCUCAGAGAGUGAGACAAGCACACCAGACUUUCAUACUGAGACUACAAGAGUAUUAGCUGAUGAAUGGGAAAGAAUUGAGAGAACUCUGUAUAAUGAGGAUGGGGAAAAAUCUAAAAGACCUGAAAUUUUAGAGGAAUGUCGGCAAUGGCAAGAUUUGCACCCACAACUUAGAAUACUUGGAAAGGCAAUCUCUAUACCAGAUAAAAGAUUACACUAUAGACAAAUUGAACAUGAAGAAGUUAUUGCAAUGCAUUACAGUGACUAUGAACAAUUUAGUGAAAGUGAAGAGAGACACUCUCAGAGCAGUACAGAUGUCACACCUACAAACUCACCUCGGACAUCAACAAGUGAUAUUCCAGAUACAAAACUUAACAGAGAAAAGAUAUCAUACCAAUACUCACCAGAAAUUGAUCUGUUAGAUACAUUUAGUUCACUGUUACAAAUAAAGCCUAUACAAAUAAGGAGUCCUUCUCAUAAGAAAAAACAGAAUCAAUCUAUACUAAGAUCAGAUAUAGCGUCUUCGAAAUGGAUGAAGCCAUAUCGUCCUGAUACAUCUGUAAAUUAUGGAAGAAAUAGUGCAAAAUCGUACAUUUCUCUAGAUCACACAAAGAAUUCAAAUAUGAAUUCCUUAGAUAAUAGAAUUAAUUCAAGAGUUUUUACAGCAAGGUUAAGAGAAUCAUCUCUACAGCCUUUGUAUUCACCUGAACCACAUAAUGGAACAUUUAGGUAUGGGCAACAAAAUAACUAUAAUAUAAGAAAAGUAUCAUUACCACCUUUGUUGCGAGAAGAAGAAAAGAAAAAGGUAGUUGUUGGAUCUGCCAAGAAACAGAGUAAGUCUAGAAAGAGCAGUACAAAACUUCAUCUGGAUAGACUGAGACAUAACUAG